CCUGGUGCCACUCCCUCCUCCCGAGCUCACAUCCACAGUACCUCGGCCGUUCCCUCGCCUGAUCGCCUCCGGUCUCUGCUCCCGAUGGACGCCGUCGCCUUCUCCCCCGCUCCGAGCCCCAACGCCGCGCCAUUCCCAUCCGCCUCCCGGUCCUCGCGCGGCCACCGCUUCUCCAUCCGCGGCCCGCGGCGGCGGCGCCCGCUCCCGGCCCUCCGAUCCAGCGCCUCCGCCUCCGCCCACGCCCCCGCCUCCCACCACGACGUGGUCGUCGUGGGCGCCGGGAUCGUCGGGCUCUCCAUCGCCCGCCACCUCCUCCUCCACACCCCGCUCUCCGUCGCCGUCGCCGACGCCGCAGUCCCCUGCUCCGGCGCCACCGGCGCAGGGCAGGGGUACGUGUGGAUGUCACACCGGACGCCCGGGAGCGACACGUGGGACCUGGCGGUGCGGAGCAAGCAGCUGUGGGAGGAGCUCGCGGCCGAGAUGGACGGCCUCCGCGCCGGCGGCGCGCGUGAGAGCCUCGGAUGGAUGAGGACAGGAAGCUUAUUGGUUGGAAGAACCUCUAAAGAGCUGGCUACGCUGGAGGAGAAGACUAAGGUUCUGUCUCAGGCAGGCAUCAAUGCGGAGUGCUUGUCUGCCUCUUCGUUGCAUGCAUUAGAACCCGCACUCUGUGUCGGAAACGAUGGUGGUGCUAUGUUCUUACCUGAUGACCGUCAGAUCGAUGCGUUCCAGGCCGUGUCUUUGAUUGAAAAGAUCAAUAGGUCAUAUACUCCAAAAGGGAGAUAUAUGGAGCUCUACAAUGAUCCUGCCAUGUCAUUGAUAAGAUCAGAGGUUACUGGAAGGGUUGAAGGUGUCCAAACUUCUAAGAACAUCUUAUAUGGCAGAAAAGCUACUGUAGUUGCUUCUGGUGCUUGGACUCGGUCCUUAUUGCAUAGUUUCUUAGGACCAAAUUCUUCACUGGAUAUUCCUGUGAAGCCACGAAAGGGUCAUCUGCUUGUGUUGGAAAAUUUUGACAUGCUAAAGCUGAAUCAUGGCAUAAUGGAGCUGGGAUAUGUUGACCAUCAGGGCGAUAAUUCACAUAGCAUACACUUGUCCUCAACAUCCAAUAAAGAUGAGCAUGACGCCGCAUCCAUAUCAAUGACAGCAACAUUAAAUACAAAAGGGCAUUUAGUUUUAGGAAGCAGCAGGGAGUUUAAAGGAUUUUCAAGGGAGGUUGAUAAAUCCAUACUGAAGAGUAUAUGGGACCGUGCAGGAGAAUUCUUUCCUGCCAUCAACAAUGUUCAUCUUGAUAUUGAUGAGGACAAAGAAAUCAGAAUUGGGCACCGUCCCUACAUGCCUGAUGGGAAGCCAGUAAUUGGAUUUGUUCCGGAUAUGUCAAAUGUUUUGAUUGCAACAGGACAUGAAGGAAGUGGACUUGCUUUGGCGCUAGGUACUGCUGAAAUGGUAACAGAUAUGAUUCUUGGUGACCCUGGAAGAGUGGACUUCACGCCUUUCUCCAUAGAAAAUAGAUUUUCAGGAACAGCAUGACCGUUUAUCCGCAAGCCCUCCUUGAGCUCCUCAAGCGUCAAAGUACCGUCCUUGUCCUUGUCUAUCAUUUGAAACAUCUGAGUGUAGUUCUCGAUGUCCUCCGCCGGUAAAUUCUUGGCAACGACCUUCAUUAAUCAUUGGAAAAUGAUUCACAUCAAGAAUAUAUCACACUGGAAGAAAAAUCAAGAACAAUGUGGCCCGGUUCCGUGCAACUUACUCCGAGUGCCUUCUUUUUGAACUUGUUCAUGGAUGAGAAUUGCUUAAGCCUGGAUCGAACAAGCUCUCCAAGUGACACAUUCGGAGCCUUGUCGGCGUUCUUGAGCCACGGAUGCUCUGUUUCGUAGGAGGAGAAAUUAAUGCUCUUAGUUCAGUGCAUAACACCAUUCGUCAUGCAUCGCUAGACCUCCGGUUUCCCAAUAAUACCAUGAAAUAAGCAAAUUUGCAGGAGUAGCAAACUUCUAGCAAGUUUGCUGUGAACUUGUAGCAAA